AACGAAUAUCUUGGAUGUUUAUUACGUGCUCUUGGAUUUAUUACGUGCACUGUUUCUGGUGAUACUGAAGUGUGCUCUCCUAUAAUGAGGAUCGGUAGAUACUUUCUGCCUUCGCACGCAUGUCAUUGAAAGCAUGAAAUUUUAAUGUGUGUGUAUUCUACGACUUUCUCGCGGCUCUUUCCAAGUUUCAGUUUAAUAGGAGAGUAUUUACUUUACUUAUACUGAUAUUGCAGCUUUCUUAAAACAACCCAAAUAAUUAUUCUAUGUUUUUCAUAGAAUGUUUCCAUUCUAUCUUUUCUAUAGAAUUCUGUGUUUGCUUUUAGGCUAGAUUUAUUUCUGAUGUCAAGAAUGCAGUUCUACAAUGAAAUUAGUUGCUUAAAAAUGUUAUGGAUAUAAAGGCUUGACCACCUUACGAUAUAUGAGAAAUCAGUACUAAUAUUGCAACAGUGUAAUUUUCAUCAACGAUUUGUAUUUUGUUUAAGCAGCCUUUAUUAAAAUUGCAGAAAGGGAUUUUUAUUUAUUCUUUGGAUUCUAUUCUGUUUAAGAUUGCCGCACUGGGCCUUUUUAUUCAUUAUUUAAGUUUUAUUUUGUGAGCAAUUGUUAGUGAUUAAUACUUGCCGUGAUUUUUAUUAACUCUUUGGAUUCUACUGUGUAACUAAUUACUUCUAAAACUGCAGCAAAGGGAUUUAUUUAUAUAUAUUGUUUAAAUUCUAUUUCGUAAGCAACUGUUAUUGAUUUAACUCAAAUUGAAGCAGAGAGAUUCCUUAUUUGGAUUCUAAUUUGUAAGUGUAAGUUAUUAUUAUUCACGCUGCAGCAAAAGUAUUUUUAAUUACUGUUUUGAUUAUAUUUUAUAAGCAAUUAUUACUGAUUGUUACUCAGAUUGUGCCAAAAUUUAUUUGUUUUGUAGACGACAUUUAAGACUGGCACCUCUUUGAGAAUUUAACCCUUUAGUCUUUUUAGACUUCUGCAGGUGAGUGAGUCCGUAACCAGUUAUAAAGAUUUUGUUUAAUUUGUUAAUAAAUAAUGAUAUGAGGCUGAAUCUGUGAAAUAUUAAAGAUUUAUUAUUUAAGGUAUUUAUGUAUGUCUUCUUUAAUAUUGAAUGAAUACCAUUUCGUCAUUUGCAAAAGUAUGCUCUAGCAAAGUUUUUUUUUUCUUUUGCAUAUAAUACACUACUUUUAGCAUAUUGACAUCUUUCGAUUUUUUUUAACUCGAAAAGUAUAACGAAAUGCAUAAAUAAUAUCAGAAUAGUUUUAAAUAUUUUGAUUAUAAGGAAAUUAAUAUUUCACAUUGAUGGAGUGAAUUUUGAUGGAUGCUGCUGAUUAAAUUUUGACUGUCAGAGCAGCAAUAGCAAUUUUAGUAGACUGCAAUUUCGUUGAAUGGAGAUUUGAUUAAAUUCGGAUUAUUAAUUUGAAUUCAUUUAAUCUCCAAAUACUUCUGGUUAAAGAAGUCUUCCCCUUAUUCUAAUCGCAUAACUAUUCGUUAAUAAGGCUUCGAUCAUUAUUUAUGCUUAGAACUAACUUUUUUAGUUGCAAUCGUUUGAAACUGUAUGAACGAUUUUAAUGCAUUGGGGUUGGAUAGUUAAUAAAUAGCAAAAGAAAUAGGCAAGCGGUAGUUUUUAGCAUAUCUCCAACAUCAGCCAUCCUCAGAAAAAUUUUACAAGCAAACUUUAUUAGCAGCUAGUUCCACGGCACCAAGUGUCACUGUACUAAACAGAGUUAUCUUUUGUUUUUUAAUCUGCUGAUUUCCCUUCCUGGGAAAGCAGCAAAUUCAUUUGUAAUCGAAAGGGACAUGAGUGCAUAAAGAAAAUGAAAUACAUUUAAUGGUGGCAAUUUUGCCAUUGGUUAGAAUUUUUGUAAGUGAUUUAUAAAAUGCAGAACAGUUGCAAACUGAGUUCACUGAAAGACAUGGUGAAGAAAAAACUUGCCAUGUAUCGCAAGGUGCCUGCGGGAGACACCAAUCAUGAUAUUCGUAUAGUGCUGACUCCUCCCGAAGACGAAGUUUCUGAUUGCGAGGCUGAAAUUGACGAACCAGAUCUCGCAUCGCAUUCACCGGAAGAGGAAUCUAAAUCAGUCAUACGUAUUGAUGAUCGAGAAUUUGCGUCUCGUCUGUUGGCAGCUGUUGAAAAUUAUGUGGAAGGUGGUGUCGUGGGGCGAGCAAGAUUUCGGAACCAGAAUCGAAGCCGAUCGCACUCUGCAUCUUCUACGGACAGUUUUGGUUCGACGCACAGCUCAUCAUCCUACUGCGACACGAGCUCCGAUGAUGAAGGUAAAAUGCCCAGAGAUAAGCAUCAAGUCAAUUCCUCGGGUAGCUCGGAUUUUUGUGUCAAGAACAUUAAGCAGAGCGCUUUCGGCCGCAGGGAGAUAGAAAUUGCUGAACAGGAGAUGCCUGGCAUUGUUGCUUUGAGGCAAAGAGCUAAUGGGGAAAAGCCCUUAAAAGGAGCUAAAAUCAUAUGCUGCACUCACAUAAACGCUCAGACUGCUGUUUUAAUAGAGACGUUGAUAGCAUUAGGAGCAAGCAUUCGGUGGGCUGCUUGUAAUAUAUACUCCACUCAAAAUGAAGUAGCUGCUGCUGUUGCUGAAGGAGGUGUUCCAGUUUAUGCAUGGCGAGGGGAAUCUGAAGAAGACUUUUGGUGGUGUAUAGACAAAUGUAUUCAUUCUGAUAGCUGGCAACCAAACAUGAUUUUAGAUGAUGGGGGAGAUGCUACUCAUUUAAUGCUAAAAAAAUAUCCAGCAAUGUUUCGUGGAAUUAAAGGCAUAGUAGAGGAAAGUGUGACUGGCGUUCACAGACUUUAUCAGUUAUCAAAAUCAGGGAAACUUACAGUUCCUGCAAUGAAUGUAAAUGAUUCUGUAACAAAAACUAAAUUUGAUAACCUAUAUAGCUGCAGAGAAAGUAUUCUUGAUGCGUUAAAACGCUCUACAGAUGUCAUGUUCGGAGGAAAGCAUGUUCUUGUUUGUGGUUAUGGUGAGGUGGGAAAAGGAUGCUGUUCUGCUCUGAAAGGAAUGGGUGCAGUAGUAUGUGUAUCUGAAAUUGAUCCAAUCUGUGCUCUACAAGCUUGUAUGGAUGGCUUUCGAGUAGUUAAGAUUAAUGAAGUUGUGAGAAACAUUGAUAUACUUGUCACUGCUACUGGUAAUAAAAAUGUCGUAACUCGAGAACACAUGGAUAAAAUGAAGAAUGGUUGCAUUUUAUGCAACAUGGGCCAUUCCAAUACUGAAAUUGAUGUGCAAAGUCUGAAAGGUUUGACAUGGGAAAAAGUGCGAUCACAGGUAGACCAUAUUAUUUGGCCAGAUGGGAAACGAAUUAUAUUACUUGCAGAGGGACGAUUAGCCAACUUGAGCUGCUCUACCAUUCCAUCUUUUGUUGUAUCCAUCACUGCAUCAACUCAAGCUCUUGCUCUAAUAGAACUUUUUAGUGCUCCUGCUGGAAGAUAUAAAGGUGAUGUUUAUCUCCUGCCAAAGAAAAUGGAUGAAUAUGUGGCAAGCCUACAUCUACCAACAUUUGAUGCCCACUUAACUGAAAUGACUGAUGAACAGGCUCGGUAUAUGGGCUUAAACAAAGCUGGUCCUUUCAAGCAGGCUUAUUAUCGGUACUAAAGGAAACAAGUACAAAAAUGAACUGAUAUUCAAAUGGGAGGUUAUUUUAAGGUCCAAUAACAGGGUUUGAAGUACAUUACCAUUCCAUUCCAUUGUAUUUUCGACUUCCCAGAGAGCUGAGGUGUCUUAAUAGAGUGCUGCAAGAACAAGCACCAUAUAUUUUUAUUUUAGAUAUUGCCUCAAAAAAUAUUUUUUAUGCAAAUUUCAUUGAUGAAGUAUUAUUCAAAUUUAGUUCUUCUCCCAAAUUUCUGCUUUUAUUUUUCAUCUUUUGUUAUUCUGUGUAGUGUGGCUAUUUUCUUUUUUAUGGAUGUGCAUUUAUUGCACUUAUUUUUAUUAUUUGUUCAAUCUUUAAAACUCUUUGAAAAUUAGGGGUAAUUUAUUAUGUCUUUGUAAUUUUCCUAAGUUAAUGCCGAAUUGUAUGAAAAUACUAUUUUGGUAAUAAGCAUAUGUUAAAAUGGAAUUUUUUUUCUUUUUCAGUUUAGGUUAUGUGUUUGAACCCAAAAAUAUACCUUUUUUUUAAUUUUUAAGAAAAAUAAAUUUGAAUUUUUAUUCUCAUUCUCAUUUAUACUGCAAACAAGUUUUAAACUUAUUUGCAUAUUAAUUCUGUGUUCAUCUUUGUUGUGUAUAAUUUUAAUGUUACAAAACUUGAUUUCAUAAAGAUGCAAACUUUUUCAAAGUGUUUGGAGUUUGUGUUUUAAAUUUUAGUAUUCAAGAGAGAGUAUAAUUUUGUUAAAUAUGCAUGUCAUUUUACUUAUGCAUUUUGUAAUUCUAAAGUAGAAUUCAUUGUGACUGACAAUUUUAUGUUCUUAUUUCAGUUUUAUCAUGUACAACGAAGCGAUUUUAUUAGAAAUGCAUUUUUUGUUCUUAAUUUUAUUCUUAACAGAAUUCAUUCUUUUGUUGUGGAUAGAUUAUUAGAGCUCAUAGGAGAUUAGAAAAAUUAUAGGUUUAUCAUUUAUUGUAUUAUGAUAUUUUGUUACAUCGCAGGUAUUAAAAUUUAAAAAAAAAAUACUUUCAUGUAAAUAAAGCAAUAAACAAAACUUUGUAAUAAAAUAAACAAACAAGAAAAAUUAUUUAAGUAUUAAGAAAUUAAGUUUGGUAUUUUUGACUUCUAGUUAGUGGUAUGUAAAGAAGGAAUGUAUUAUUUCUUUCAAAAUUUGUUAUGUUUUUUUUUCAUUCUUCCAUAUUUCCUGUAUAUCUUAAUUAAAAUAGUUAUCUAUUAUGUCUCUGUGAUAAAUAAGGUAAUACUUAUUUUGAUAUGCCAAAGUUAUGACUUCAUAGUUAUCUAAUAAAUAGUUAUUAAAAUCCUUUACUUAAUGGAAACAUUUAAUUGCACGUUUUAUAAAGAAUUGCAUUUGUUUUCCAUUAACUACUUUAGCUAGACUACAUUUAUGUGGGAUAAAUAUCCUAAUUGUUAGUAAACAUUUUUAUUUCUAAAUUGUGUGCCUUGGUUGUAAAAUUUUUUGUCUAAAACAUUCAGGCAUUGAAUUUGAAAAUAUAGUUGUUUGUGUUUUAUUUAUUCAUCGGUGUAUGUCUGUGUAAGUCAACUGUAUUUAGAAUUGUAAUCUUAACAUUUUAAAAUUUAAUUUACAAUUUGCUUCCAUCCAAAAAGAGAUCUCAUAGUUAAUUAAUUUUUGAGAUUUGAAUAUGCUUUCAUUAUUUUAAUUUAUUCUUUUCACAGAAGAUCUCAAUAAGUUAUUUAUUGAAACUUACUACUAAUAGCUAAUAUAGCUUCAUUAGUUUGCUGUUUUAUUAUUUUGUGAUAAAAGUUGUUUCACAAUAGAGUGAACAUAUUUAGGUGUAUAAAACUGCUUUGAAAGUAUAUCAUAACUGCCAACUGUCUGUUUUUACCAGGAGAUUUUUUUUUUUUUUUUUGUCAUGUCUCUUGACAGAUCUCCAAAUCUCCCAGUUUAAAAUUUUUAGCCUUUACUAAGCAAAUUUUAUCUUAACAAUAAAUGGAAUUUGUUGAUUAAUGAAACUUAAAUUUUGCAAAUUUCAUUACCCAUCUCCUAGUAAUUUUAAGGAUAAUUUUAUUAAUAAAUCUUAUUUGAUUUAAAUAGUUGUAAUCUAUUGUGGGCAUUUGUAGAAUUUUAUCUGGAGAUUUAAGCACUGUUUAAUCAGUUAGUAUUUGUAUUUUUGUUGUUAAAUAUUAAUACAUUUUACAUCAGAAUGAUAUUAUAAAUAGCGCAAUAACUUCAUUCAUGCAUUGUAAAGCCAAUUUAAGUCAAUUUGGAAUUCUGAUUUGCUGACUUCCCCAGUAGCAUGAAAGCCUCCUAGAAGUCCUGGUUUUUCAUAUUUCAUAGUUGGCUAACUAUGGUAUAUAAAGUACAGCUUGUGAUGAUUAUGUAAUUUUAUUGUUUGUAUUACCUGUAUAUUUAGUUUUGCAUACUUUUAAAACUGAACUGUGACAGCUGCAGCUUUAAAAAGGAGCAUCCUGUAUAUUUUUAUCCGUUUUCAAUUGCCAACCGACUCCACUUUCCUGCCUGUAAUAAUAUUUUAUGUGAAUGUAAUGCCCAAUUCAUGGUUUAUCUUUUAGUAAAAAAUGUUGAGUAUAACAUUUUUUAAUAGUGAAAACUGCUGAGGAUAAUAACUUGUAACAGUUUUAUAAAUUUUUCAAUUUUUAAAUUAUGUGUUAUACAAAUAUCCUAGCAACUUGUUUUAUGAGAUACUUAAAUACACUUUUGAAAUAUCAUACACUUUAUAAAUUCAUGUAGUAAGUUAAUUAAUUGUAAAAUGCUUAUAAAAGUGAAAAACAUUUAUUUUUAUUAAAUUAUCUUGUGAAAUUCUAUGCUGUAUGUAGCAUCUUCUUAAGUACAUAUGGGUAACCAACCCUAACUGCAGAUUUGCCUUUAACCAAAGAUAAUUCUGAGGAAUAUACUGACCAGAUUGAUAUAGGCUAACUUAACUAUGAUGUAAUGAGAAAGAUACAAUUAAAUUGUAAAAAUAAAUAAGGAAUAAAAGGAAUUUAAGUUGUGAUAUUGUAUGACAGCAUCUAAAUAUGUUAUCUGUGUGAUAAUAUUAAAUAAGUUGUCUUGUGAACCUUAUGCUUAUGUUGUUGAAAGUAGUUUUAGUAACCAUAAUGUAGAUCAGAUUUUUAUUAUUUCUGCGCUAAUCAUACUGUUAGCUUAAUUUAAUUAGAUUGUAUUAUCUGGCAGUAUGUAGAUGUAGUUUUUCUUGUUCAAGCUGUAAUAGCUGAAACAAGUACCUUCUCAUCCAUUGCCGCACUUCAUUUAUAAAGCUUGUCUUUCUAUAUCUUCUGUAAAUCAAUGUUUAGAGUGACUUGAAUCUGUUUUACUCAUUUUAUCCUUUUGAGGAAAACUUGAGUCUCUGAUGUAAAUACAUUUGUAAUGUUUUAUUCAAUGUAUUAAGAAAUUUUAUUUUUGUAAUUGAGACAUUUUUAGCAUAGUUGAAUAUUUGCAAGAAAGAUAAUUUAUUUCAAUUAAAGUUAACACCAAGACAUAAAGACCGAGUUAAUUGGUACAUUUUAUAGUUUUGCAUGGGUUUAAAAUAAUAUUAUUUUUUAUUUUCAUAUAAGCAAUUUUACAUAAUACGUGAACCGCUCAUAAUUAUAUUUGGGAAUUAUACUGUUUUUAUAUCAUGAAACCAUUUAUUGAUACAAAUCAGCAAGGCGUUUUGCUUUCAAGAAGAAUUUAAUGGAAAAUGAGUAUAUACAUAAAAGUUAGCCAUUUUGAAUGUUUCAUUCACAGUUCUAGUAUUUUAAAAUUACAUUAGAUAUCAAUUAUUUGGAAAAUGAGAUUAUACUUCUAUUUCCACUUUAUCAAUAUAUAAUAAGUUCCAUUGCUGAAAAAUAAAAAUAUGUUCUUCAUGAAAUGAAACUGAAUCAUAUUUAAAUGAAUAAGUUGUAAUUAAUGAAAUGAAAAUGUUUGACCUUUAUAAUUAAAAACACAUUUUUGAAAUAUACAAAAUAAAUAAAAUGAGCAAAAAUGUCUGUUUAUAGCUUUGUAAAUGUAAAUGAAUUCCUUCUUGCAAAUGAAAUCAUCACAAUGAUGUUGUUAUUUUAGAAUAUUAAAAUAAUUAAAUCAUUAAACAUAUUGUAUCAUUUUUCUCUUAAUUAUAUUCUUAUACAUGUGUAUUCCUCUCAGUAAUUUUAAUCACGGGAUGUCUGUUUAAAAACAUUUUAAUUAUAUUUUUAAAUAUUAUUAAUGUUUAUUUGAUAUGAGAUUUAACCAAUGCAAGACCCUAAAAUUUUUUGUACUGUGAAUAUAUGUAAACUGCCUUCACAUGUUUUAUUUACUAGCUAUAAAAAAUUAUCAUAACUUUCAUUGAAAGAUAACGUUCUGAUAAUUUUGGGAAAAAAAGUAGAAUUAUUUUUAUAUAAUCAGAUUUUUAACUAUUUUAUCAGAAUCAGAAAUAAGUAAUAAUUUAUUUAAAAAAAUUAAAAUGGUUUACUUAUUCUAAAGAAAUUAAAUCAGUAAUAUAAAUUUAGCAUUCGAGAUAAAUGUAUGUAGGACAAAGGGAAAAAUAUUAUAAAAUAACAAAUAUGGAAAUAGAAAAUCAGUUAUAUUUGUGUAACAUAUUGUAAUUCAUAGUCUAUUUAAAUUAUACAUAAUAUUUCUACACUUGAACAUCUGUAGUUUGACAAUCAGACAUUAUUACGCUAUAUAGAUGUUACAUAUACAUAAAUCCUUGCAUUGUGUCUCAUGUCUUAAAACAUGAUAUUUCUUUUAGACAUAUUUAAAGUAGAAAAAGAGUAGGCUGAUUAAAAAUAGAGAAAUAAAAUUAUUUUUUCAGUAUUAUAGGAGAUCUAUCCUUUCUGGAUUACAAUGCAAUAAAAAUGAAAUAAAUUAUAUAUCUAGCUGUAAAGUAUAAUUUUGUUUUUCUUUUUUUUAACUUAAUUAGUAUUAUUUUAUUUAUCUGAAUAUCUUUUUCAUCGCUGUGUUUUCUCUUUUGUACUGAUUUAAUUUUUCAUUAUUUAUUCAUGCUGAAUAUUUAUAAUCUAGUUGUAUUAUGCUUGUGAAUUUAGAUUAGAUCCAAAUAUAUGUCCAUGACUUCAUGAGGUUUAGCUGCAUUUACUUGCUUGUAAUAAAAUAUGAAACUUUUUAUUUUGUUACUUGUGAACUGUAGAAUUGACUAUAAUAUAGAAAUUACUAUGACAUCUUUUUAUAGCUUUGUAUGAAGUAUUAUACUUUGUGCAAUGUGAUAAUUAUACUAGUUUCAAAAGGGUUUUGUUUGGUAGCUUUGAAGCUAAGACAUAUAUGUCACUUUUUUCCUCAAUAAUCAAUUUAUAUUUUAAUGCCUAUAUUCUAAAUUUGCAAUAACUGAUAAAAUAUAUACAUUUAUUAUUUAAUUUUAUACCUUGAUACUGUGGAAAACAAAUUUUUUGUUACAUUUUUUUUUUUUUUAAAGUUAAUCCCAUGAAAUCUAUCAGUAAGGCAUUUGAUUUUUUGGAUGAUUUGAUCCCCUACCUUUUUAGUAUUCUCCUACAGCCUUAAUAAUAUGUAUAAAAAUUCGUUAAUUUAAUUUUCAUACACACAAUGUUUUUCUUUAUACCGAUUUUUAUGUAAAUGAUUUAUGUUUAGGAAAAACUCCGUUUGUAAAUUUACAUGAUAUAUUUCAAGCUAAUUAAACUUUGAAGAUACAUAUUUUAAGCAUUGAAUUUCCAAAACAAAAACUGCAUAUUGUUAUUCUAUGAAAAAAAAUUGUUUAUGAAAAACUUAUUUUAAACUGCUACUUUAAUUGCAUUUAGAAGUAACAAAUGGGAAAAUAUGAUUAAAAUAAUUUAAGUAAUAUGAAAAUUUUAAAAAAAUUAACAAAAUCAGCUGAAGGAAGUGGUUUGAAAAUGGGAAGAACUGAAGCCUAAUUAAAAAGCAUGCAUUUAAGUCUUGUUUUAGUAAAAAUCUUUAAUCUUUAUUUAUGACAUUACUCUUUCAGGAAAUAAAAUUUUUAUGUUUGUUUGUCUAGCUUCUUAUGUUUAUAAAAUUAAAAUUCUUGUAUAAUUUGUUGGGGGGAAGAACUUUUUUUAAUACUGAUUUUCCACUUUCGAAAACCAGUCUUUUCUUACAAGUACUGUACUAAUUGUAUUUUUAUUUUGCAUGAUAAGCAUAUUAAAAACCUAUCUUUGUACAAGAACAGAAUUUGGUGUAUUUUUCUUCUUCAUGUUUGCACUUCAGUGCUUUAUCUCCCAGUAACAGAAAUAACAGUAAUAGCUAGCGACCUUGUUAUUAAAAUCAUGUCAAAAUCUGUAAGCAUAAACAUUUUAUUUUUAUGGUUAUGUAUGAAUAAUUACUAGCUAAUAUCAGUGCUUGUAAUCUUCUCUAAAGAUCAUUAUCAAAAGCUUUUAAACUUUCCUUAGGAUAUGAACAACUAAAAAAUCAUAUGCCUUAUUUAUCUUGUUAGGAAAAUAAAAUUGUGAGAAAAAUACAUGUAAGGCUUUAUGCCAUUAUGUACCUACCUGUUGUGAUAAGAUUUUUUGGUAAAUAAAAUUUGUGUAUAGAAAUAAAA